CCUAUAUAGCUGGGUGGACCUGGCUGCCAAGAGGGUGUGCUGGGGGACUGUGCAGCUCGAGGCUCCAGAGGCACACUCCAGAGAGAGCCAAGGUUCUGACACGAUGAGGCAGCACCUGAGCCGGUGGUGGCUGGCCACUGUCUGCAUGCUGCUCCUCAGCCACCUCUCCGUGGUCCAGGCCAGGGGCAUUAAGCACAGAAUCAAGUGGAACCGGAAGGCCCUGCCCAGCACUGCCCAGAUCACCGAGGCCCAGGUGGCUGAGAACCCCCCAGGAGCCUUCAUCAAGCAAGGCCGCAAGCUCAACAUCGACUUCGGAGCCGAGGGUAACAGGUACUACGAGGCCAACUACUGGCAGUUCCCAGAUGGCAUCCACUACGACGGCUGCUCCGAGGCCAACGUGACCAGGGAGGUAUUUGUCACCGGCUGCAUCAACGCCACCCAGGCGGCAAACCAGGGGGAGUUCCAGAAGCCGGACAACAAGCUCCACCAGCGGGUGCUCUGGCGGCUGGUCCGGGAGCUCUGCUCCCUCAAGCGCUGCGAGUUUUGGUUGGAGAGGGGCGCGGGACUUCGGGUCACCAUGCACCAGCCAGUGCUCCUCUGCCUGCUGGCUUUCAUCUGGCUCAUGGUGAAAUAA